AUGUUCAUCAUCAACACCUCGAACAAGCAAGAAGACAUGGGCUGCUUCGGGAAGACGCUACUGCUCCUCUGGGCCGCCGCCCGGGCCCACCGCAUCACGAACGGCCGCGUCGCCGCGGACGUCUCCGACGCCGGCUUCCUGACGAGCAUCACGGACGAGGACGGCUACGGGACGGCGCUGGCGCGGGUCGCCGUCGAGGCGGACGGCUUCCUCGUCGAGGUCACCGCGGCCGGCGCCAACGCGACGCUGACGCCGGCGACCUGCGCCGUCGCCGGCGUCGCGGCGUCGCCCGCGUCCGUCGUCGUCCGCUGGGCCUGCGGCGGCGGGGCGGCCCUGGAGGCGACGUACGCCGUCGUCGCCGCGCACGUCGAGAAGACGGUCGCCGCGAUCAACGUGUCGGCCGUCGGCGCCGUGGCGCCCCUCGCGGGUCUGCGGGUCGCGGGCACCGAGGACGUCCACGUCGCCGAGAACCCCUACAACCGCACGCACCGCUACGCGACGGGCGGCGCGGCGAUCGCCGCGUUCGGCCGCGUCGGCGGCCGGUCCGGCUUCUUCGCGAGCGUCGCGAACCCCUUCUUCAACGUCGACGUCGACGCGUCGUUCGGGCUCACGCUCCGCUACGACACCUUCGGGUCCUGCGCCGUCGAGGGCGGCGCCUACGCCGCGGAGCCCGCGGUCCUCGGCGCCACGCGGCUGCAACGGUACGCGUACGGGCCCGUCAACCUCGGGGAGCGCGCGGCCUUCGUCGCGUGCGUCGAGGCCUACCUCCUCGACGGGGCCAUGCGCAAAAACGCGACGGUCAAGGUCAACGUCGCCUGGGACGAGAGCGACUACCAGCUCGACGUCGCGACGGCGGAGGGCCGCGCCGAGUACGACCGCAUCUUCGCAAGCAACGCGGCGCUCGGCAUCACGCACGUCGUCUACGAGCCCCAGAACAGCGCCCACGCGAGCCGCUUCAAAACGACGGACAACUGGGGCUGGGAGGCCGGCCUCUGGUUCAGCCUCGGCCAGGGCAGGAAAAGAGAGCGACAUUCCCAACUUCAAAGGCUCCUCUCUCGGCCGUUUUCCACUCGCCUCGGCGAGGCCGUGCGCACGGGGGCCUUCGACGCGACGCGUGACGCCGUGCCCGCGGACAUUUUAGCGCAGGUCGACCGGGCGCGGGCCAUGGGCCUCGGCCUCCUCGCCUACGUCUACCCGCAGCUCGGCUUCAACGGGACGGCGCCCCACCACGCCGGCGACCGCACGGACCUCGCCGCGCCCGCCGCGCGCGACUGGCUCAAAGACCAGCUCCUCGCGUUCCUCGCCAAGAGCGGCGCCGCGGGCUUCGCCUGGGACCAGGACAUCUUCGCCGGCGCGCCGGAGCUCCGCUACGGCCAGUGGCGGUCCUGGAUGGCGAUCCUGAGGGCGAUCCGCGCCGCGAAGCCCGACGCGGUCAUGGACCACCGGCAGACGAACCACGUCUGGGGGCCCUGGUACCAGCUCGCGGGGUCCUACGCCGAGCCCCUCGCCGGCGACGAGAACCCGGAGACCUACGGCGUGCCCAUCGCGAACCUCCACGCGGACCACGUCGCCGCGGACAACCUCCGGCGCGUGAACUACGCCUACGCCGCGGCGCAGCUCCUGCCGCCGAGCCGCGUGCCGGGCUUCAUCUUCCACCAGGCCGAGCGCACGGACGACAACGGCACGGACGCCUGCUUCGGCGGCGUGCCCUGGCGCGACGCGGCGUGCUACGACGUCAACGCGCGCGACUUCGACUACGUGGGCUACAAGUACAGCCUCCUCGCGUCCGUGGGCUCCGCGGGGCUCAACAACGUCGUCGCCUUCCUGCCCGGCCGCGACGCCGCCGAGUGGGCCGCGCUCCCGGACGGCGACAAGGCCUGGAUCCGAGGCUGGCUCGCGUGGACGGACGACGAGGCCGCGUGCCUCGCGCGCGCGCUGCCCGUCGCGACGCUCGGGCCGCCGGCCGUCGGCGCCGUCGACGGCUGGGCCUGCUUCGACGCGGCCCGCGGCGUCGGCUUCGUCUUCCUCUUCAACCCGGGCUUCGCGCCGCGAAGCGCGGGCCUCGCGCUCGACGAGUCGCUCGGCGUCGCGAACGGCACGGCCGCGCUCUUCCGCGUCGACGAGCUCCACCCGGGCCGCGCGUCCCUGGGCACGUGGCGCGCGGGCGCGGCGCGGGCGCUGGCCGUCGGCGGCGCGGCCGCGCGCGUGCUCCGGCUCGAGGCGCUCGCGGAGCCCGUCGAGGCGCUCGCGCUCGCGGCCGUCCGCGCGCCCGUGCCCGUCGACGCGGCCGUCGCGGCCGUCGCCGUCGACGGCGUCGCCUGCGCCGUCGCGCCGGCGCCGCGGGCCGGCGUCGUCGCCGCGCGCUACGCGGCGCCCGCGUCGCGCGCGCAGCGCGCGAUGCCCGUCGCGCCCGGCGCCGUCGCGCCGCCGGCCUUCGCCGGCGGCUGGUUCAACGCGACCGUCGCCGUGCCCGCCGCCGUCGCGGCCCAGCUCGCGGCCCGCGCGGCGGCCUACGACGUCGCCUGGCGGCCCGGCGAGCUCCGCGCGGCGCUCGCGCCCGCGCGCCUCCUCCUGUACCCGGCGAUCGCGGACCCGGACGACGCGCUCGACGUGGCGCUCUGGGUCGACGGCGCGCCGGCGAACCUCACGCGGGCCUACAACUCGCGCGGCCUCCCGCGCGCCGCGUGCUUCCUCGGCUUCUACUACGACGCGUCGCCGCUCGCGGCCGGCGGCGCCCACGACGUCGCGCUCUGGCUCCCGCCCCUCGCGCCGGGCAGGUUCGAGGGCCUCUUCUGGGAGAACGUCGAGACGCCGCCCGACGACGCCAGGGCCACGAACUGCACCUUCUCCUAG